UUUUCUUUUUAAGUAAUGUUUUCUUUUUGGUUUCGACGGCUAAACACCCACUUGAGAUUUCAGGUUCCAUUUACAGGAACAGACACGUGUCAGUCAGCAACUAAUAUCUUUUGAGUCUUGACAAACAGGUGAAGGAAUCUGAAAACCUCCGCCACACGAAGUAAAAUGUAAUUCCGUUGAUCAAUAGUAGUAAUGUAGAUAAACUCGAUUUACUGAAAUUGUAAGAACAAUGGAGAGAGAUACUGGUGAAGUAACAGUGAGCUCCCAGCCACAAAGGGUUGAUUCAGUCCGACCCGGACCCGGACCCAGACCCAGACCCGACCCGUUUCUGGUGACAUGUAGAUUGUUCGGCUUUGUUACUGCUGUGGCUUCUAUUCUCUGCAUUGCUGUUAAUGUUUACUCCGCUGUUAGAUCCUUUAAGCAUGGAUAUGAUGUGUUUGAUGGAAUUUUCCGGUGUUAUGCUGUGGUGAUUGCGGUUAUAGUGGUGGUUGCGGAGACGGAGUGGGAAUUUUUCAUCAAGUUUUGGAAG